AGGAUUUCCUAGUACGUUUGGCGGUGGAUUUAAUCAGGGUGGAUUCUCUCAGAUGGGAGGAGGAUUUGGUUUACCAUUUAGUGGAUUUAAUCAAGGAACAUUUGGCGGAGGAAUAGGAGGUAUGCCACGAGAAACUACAAAAACUACGUGGAAUCAAAUGAAUAACGAAGGUGAAAACACGCAACUACCUAUGAAUCCUGGAGGACUUGGUGGUGGCAUGGGUGCGUUCGGUGUGGGAGGAAUGGGUGGUACAAGUGGAUUUGGAUGGUAA